AUGUUUCCUAAAACUGGAGAUGAGAUGAUGAAGACUAACAAUGGCAAUGUCAUGGAUACCAACAACAACAACCGGCUAAGCAGGUGGCAUCACAACUCUUCCCGUAUAAUUAGGGUUUCGAGAGCUUCAGGUGGCAAAGAUCGACACAGUAAAGUCUGGACUUCCAAAGGCCCACGUGACCGGCGUGUCCGGUUAUCAGUCUCAACCGCUCUUCAGUUCUACGACCUUCAAGACCGGUUAGGUCUCGACCAGCCGAGCAAAGCCGUCGAAUGGCUAAUCAAAGCAGCUGAAGAUUCAAUCUCCGAGCUUCCUUCUCUCAACAACACUAAUUUCCCUAUGACAGAUGACGACGAGAAUCAGAAUCAGACAGUAACUGGUGUGGCUAAAUCAGCUUGUAGUAGCAAUUCGGACACGAGCAAGAACUCUUCUGGUUUGUCUCUUUCGAGAUCGGAGCUGAGAGAUAAAGCUAGAGAAAGAGCUCGAGAGAGAACCAAGGAGAGAGACCACACUACUUCGUUUACCGAUCUGUUAAAUACCGGUUCAGAUCCGGUUAAUGUAAACCGGCAAUGGAUGGCUACUACUUCUUCGUCGCCUGCUCAAAUGGAGUAUUUAAGCUCCGGUUUGAUUCUCGGGUCGGGUCAAACACAUUUCCCGGUUCAGACAAAUGCUCACCCUUUCUCCGACCAUCAUCCUCAUCAAGAGUUUUCCUUCGUUUCCGACCAUAUGAUUUCUCCGGCAGGUUCUAACGGUGGAGGAGCAUUCAAUCUCGACUUCAACAUGUCGACAACCUCCGGCGCCGGAACCCCGGGGUUCAGUGGUUUCAACAGGGGGACCCUUCAGUCCAAUUCAACCAAUCAUCAACAGUCUUUUCUCACUAGUCUACAGAGGUUUCCAUCAUCAGAAGGUGGUGGUGGAGGUCCACAGUUCCUGUUCGGUGCACUGCCUGCAGAGAAUCACCACAACAACAAUCACCAGUUUCAGCUUUACUAUGAGAAUGGAUGCAGAAACUCAGACCAAAAGGGGAAAGGCAAGAACUGAUGGUACUGUUACCAUUUGCAUCUUUUGUUUGAGUUUCUUUGUUUAUUUUAUCACUCAAGUGUUUUAUAUAUCUACUGAUCAUCAUCUUCUCAAUGUGUGUUAAAUCUGUUUGAUUUGAUGGUCUAGUUUGGAAAUCUUUUCAAAUUGGGUUUGUACUGUUGUAUUUGUGAUAAUAGUAUUUUUCUAAAUAAAAAAAAGAAAGAAAUUGUGAUAAUAGUAUUU